AAGUGAGAGUGUGAGACGUUGUGGAUCUUAUAUUAGGAGUUGGGAUUGGGAUCCUCGUAGUCCCUUCGACGUUUUCUCUGCAUCUAAUAGCAGAAAUCUUGAUUUCUCCACUUUUCUCUCAAACAAACACAGAGGACUCUGACUCUCGGAUUGUUCUUUGGAACGUUCACCAUGAUGGUGGCGCGUGGAUUGGGAUCUCGAAGAUGGAUUCGGAUUGUUCUGUUCUAUGUGUAUGUGUAGAAGAUCGGAUCGAAAGGAGUAUUAUCUUACGACGACAAAGAGAAAGAGAUGGGCCAAUGUGCUCUUGGAGUGUGCAAGUUAAUUUCAUCUUGGAAUAUAAAGAUGGGAAUAACAUCCUCAAGAAACAGGUUGCCAAAACAACAAGAACAUAGCAUUGGUUUGCUCAGCCAUCAAGUUGAAGUUGAUAUUCCUAGCAUCAAACAAGAAACAUACCAAGAAUCUUCAUUGGUUAAGGUUGACAUUACAGUCAAUACAGAUGUUACUGUUCUUACUAAUGCACCUGACACGAAAACAACUCACAUAAGGGAAGAAACUCCGACCAUCCAAAAUUCCGAUGAUGAAGUAUUCUUUGAAACAUUAAAGGUUUCUAAUGCAUCACAAUUGCUGUCUUUGCCGCGCAACUUGCUAAGCCUAAGAAUUAAGGGAUGUGAAUCAUUGGAUGUCCUUCCAAAUGAUUUGUUUGAUGGAUUAACCUUUCUUAAAGAGUUGGAAUUGAUCGACUGUUCUUCUCUAAUAUCCAUCCCUUACCCUACUUCCUUGACUACACUUAACAUACGCAACUGUAGAAAUUUUGAAUUGCUCCCAUCCUUAGAAUCAAGGAAGAGGCUUUCCUCUAUUCACACUUUGUCCAUUGGGAACUCUUGUGAUUCCCUCACUACAUUGUCUUUAGAUUUUUUCCCGAAACUCAAAGAUCUUUCUAUAAGGCAUUGUCCCAAUUUUUUAUCUUUAAAUGUUACAGGGAUAUAUACGGGUGAUCUUGCAUUAAAGUCUUUACAAAUCAUAGAUUGUCUAGGAUUCAAUUCUUUCCCAGAUGAAGAAUUCCACACACCAAACCUAAAUUCCAUCAUCCUUUACGAUUGCCAGAAUCUUUACAAAUUCCCUGAUUUUGUUAAAUCUCUCGCAUCUCUCCUUACAUUAUAUGUAGUUAGAUGUCCGCAUAUUUCGAAUGCGGGUUUGCCUUCAAGCUUAACUUUCCUCUCUAUUGACAAUUGUGACAAACUUACAUCACAAAAGGAUUGGGGAUUGGAAAAUCUCAAGUCUCUCACUGCUUUUAAGAUUAGAGGUGGAUGCAUAGGCAUGAAGUCAUUUCCAGAGGAGAAGCUGCUUCCCAAAACCAUCACGUCUCUAUGCAUCACUGACUUAAAGAGUCUUACAAAGUUGGACGACAAGGGGUUUCAACAACUGAAAGCUCUUCUUAAACUUGAAAUUUAUUAUUGUGAUGUGUUGCAGCACUUGCCUGAGCAGGGCCUUCCUUCCACCUUAGUUUGUCUCAAUAUAUAUGGAUGCCCAAUGUUGACUCCAAGCCUUAAACCCGAGACAGGAAAGUACUGGCGCAUGGUGGCUCAUAUCGAAAGUAUAAUAAUUGAUAAUCAGAGAGUUCGGGAAUAAAAAAGCUAAGUGCUUGGGUUUUUGUAUUAAAACACCAAAACUAGGCAAAAAAAAAUUUGUUACUUAUGUAUUAUGUUAUAUGUAUUUCUUUUCACUGUGAUUCUGACACUAAAGAAUUGAUUAUUCUAAAGUUCAUUUUCUCUACACAACUAUGUUAGUUCAUGACAGUAUUUUGUGCAUUA